AUGGCAAAGUUUGGACCUCCCGAGCCUUUUGAUUUCACGCAGCCAGCGGAGUGGCUCACGUGGCGGCAGAGAUUCUCCCGGUUUCGAGUCGCAUCAAAACUUGACAAAGAGAGCAGCGAAGUGCAGGUGAACUCGCUCUUGUACUCUAUGGGGAGAGAUGCCGAACCUAUUUACGGCUCAUUUGUGUUUCCUGCGGCGACCGAGGCCAUGCCACAUCCAGAGUACGACUUUGAUCUGGUUAUUCAGAAGUUUGAUGAACACUUUGUCCCGAAGAGAAACGUCAUCCACGAUCGCGCCUGUUUUCAUAAGCGGAGCCAAAGGGCCGGUGAGGCAGUCGAAGCUUUCGUGCGGAGCCUGUACGAGCUUGCACGGCAUUGUGAGUUCGGUGCGGGGAAGGACGAGCAGAUCCGGGACCGGAUUGUUAUUGGAAUAAUGGACAAAGAGGUUUCUCAAAAACUCCAGUUAGAGGCGGACCUAACACUGGAGCGAGCCAUCCAACUUGCACGUCAAAGUGAACAGGUGAAACAACAAAGUGCAGAGCGUGUGGAAAUUACAGUGAAGGAGGUGAGACAGAAACAAUACAAUAGCACAAGGAGGAGCUAUGAUAAACCGCACCAGGGAUAUGGACAGAAAUACAAUGAGAAUAAACUUAACUAUACCACCGUUAUGGCUGAAGAGACUUUUCGAAAACUACGCUACAAACCGAAACUGAACACGUCUAGGCCCACGGUGUACAGCCCAGGUGGGAAAGUCAGAUGCGUGGGUCUACUGAACUGUGAGCCAGUUAAGAUUGAGUUGACUGAGGAAGCGGUCCCAUACAGCGUCAACACGCCACGCAGGGUUCCGUUUCCGCUCCUCCCUAAAGUGGAGAAAGAGCUAAAGCGCAUGCUAACUCUCAAUAUCAUUGAGGAGGUUACAGAGCCGACAGACUGGUGUGCCCCAAUGGUGCCUGCUCCAAAACGCAACAAGGACGAGCCUGACCCCUGCUUGGCCCUUAUGGGUUAUCGCUCUACACCGAUCGCAGCUACAGGUGCAAGUCCGGCACAGCUCAUGACUGGUAGACAAAUCCGUACCACUGUUCCUGUCCUGGAAGAGGCGUUGCUGCCACGUCCAUUCAACCCGGACCAUGUUUACAUGAAGGACGCAAUGGCUAAGGGUUCGUACAGGUUCUUCUAUGACCGCAGGCAUUCAGCUCGCGCGCUCCCUGAACUUCGCCCUGGCCAGCCUGUUAGAGUGAAGCUCGAUGGGGAGAAAGGAUGGACAACACCUGCCAGGGUCAUCAGUUUAUCCAAAGAGCCGAGAUCCUACCUUGUGGAGAUGGCGAAUGGAAACGUGACCCGUCGGAACAGGCGUCAUCUCCAGUCUGUUCCUGAGGCCGAACCUCCUGCAGAGCACCCUUGUGCCCAGCCUACAGCAUCGCUGCAGGACAGCGGGUUCCCACUGACGGAUGUGACUGCGCCACCUGAACCACCAGCUAGCCAGAUGCCAGCGGGCCCUUCCAGUGCAUCUCCCCUUGCACCAUCUACACCCGUGAGGACGACUUCCAGAGGCCGUGAGAUAAGGGUGCCUCUAAGAUUUAAAGACUGA